AUGAUUAUAGCAAACAUGGUGAGAAGCGCCAGUGUCUACCCACAUGAGGAGCAGGGCGAGAUCUAUUCCUGCAGUUCCCGGAAAAGUGCCUUGGCUUGUGACAGUUAUGACAUAGAAACUGUCCCGAAUCAUCAUCACGUGAGGGGGGUUGACUCCUAUUCUGAUUCUGAUGAAGAUUUCGAUUCUGAUAGUGUUGAGGAUUCCGACUCUGGUUGUGUUGACCAUAUAGAUUCUGACGAGCAAAACUUCUUCUUUCAUGUCAUGUUUCUUGGCCUCCUCCUCAAUACGCAGAAGAGUAAUCAGGCUUUCCAAGGAAAAUUCUUUGGUCUUGUGAAGCUGAGCAUUCUUGAAAUCUUUCCAGCUAGGAGGCAGCUUGUCAAUGAUAACAGCCACCUGAAAUUGUUCAUCUAA